AUGUCAUCAUUACGUAUAAAAGUUCAACUAGGCAAUGAAACAGAAAAUAAUUACCAUUCCGAUACCAUUCCAAUGAUCAAAUUUGUUUAUGUUAUUGAAUCAUCAUCAAAUAAAACUAUUAAUGAACUUAUGCAAGCAUUACAAAAAUAUAUAAAUCAACAAUUUUAUAAUAAUAUACAAAUAGUUCAAUUAAUAACUCAUGAUGGUUUUAUUCUAUCAAAAUCAGAUAUAUGUUCAACUGUACUUAAAGAUAAUGAACAUAUUAUUUGUAUUGAUUUGCAAACAUUUACAAGAGAAAAUAAUUCAACAAUUGAUUUUGAUAAAUUAUGGUUCGAACUUAAACAACAUGAUGCUAGUGAUAAUCAAGAAAAAUGUAUUCAAAUUGGUCUUAAUAGUUUUUCUAAAUUAUUUAUACGAAUGUUUGGAACAUUAGAUAUUAACGGUCUUUAUAUAUUUAGUGUAUAUGAAUUAAUUAAAAUUGCUAGUGAAAAACGAAAAGACAAUCUGAUUUCUCGACUUGAUAAUACAAAUAAUGACGAUCAACCAUCAUCUAUAAAUUGGUUUAUUGAAACAAAAUGGGAAUAUGAUACAAUUUCAAAUAAAGAUUUAUUUAUUAUAUGUAAUUUAAAAACUGCUUCAAGUGAUCAAGUCUUAUCUGAAAAAUUGCAUAUUCUAUUAGAUCAUUCUCGUAUGCGUAUACAAAAAGGUGAAAUAACUCAUUUAUCAGGUGAAACAACUGAUAGUAAAAUUCUCACCGAUCAACAACGUCAACGUUUAAAAGAACUUGCUGCUAAACUUCCACCACCUAAACAAAUAGGUCCACAUAUUGCUUCUAUUGAUACACAAAAUCUAAAAUUAAUAAAACAUGAAUGUGAAGGUGAAUCAUUAAUUCGUAUGGCAUGUGGAAAUACAAAUACUGUUAAUACAAAUCAAGAUACAUGUGCAUCAGAAAAUAAAACUUUUCAUCAAUAUUUUGUUAUAACACAUAUUAUAUUUUCAAAAAAACCAACUAUUUUACCUGAAAUUUUACAACAAAAACGUUCAACACCAAUUGAAAAACCUGUAUCAGUUGCUAGUUUAACUGUUUUUUAUCAAAUACAUGAUGGAUCAUGGCGUGAAUGUCAAGAUGUUGCUAUUGCACCAAUAGCAAUACGUAAUGAAGAACCUAAAUGGUUAACUGAUUCUAUUAUUAAUAUUGAACCAGAUAAAUUAUUUUCAUUUUGUAUUAAAGCAAAUAUACUUAUUAAAGGUGAACCUGGUGGAGAUAAUUACUCACGAGCACGUAUACAUAAAAGUUUACCACAACCAUUUAAACUUAAAAUUGUUGCAAAUGAUAAUUUUGGUAAACAAUGUUCAUUAGUUGUUGAACAAUUGAAUAAACCACUUCAUUUGAUUACACAUGAAUCAUUUUUAAAAAAUAAUCAAUCAUCAAUUAAUGAAUUAAUAGCAUUUGUAUAUGCUGAUGAUUGUGAUGCUGAUCAAAGAAUAUUUAUGGCAUUAUAUUUAAAUAAAGAAAAUGAACUUGUAAUUAAAAAUCCUAGUGCAUAUUCUAAUAUGUUUGGACGAAAAGCUUUGCGUACAAUGGAAUAUGAGGCUAAACAAAAUCAAACAACUGAAGUUCAUUUAGAUCGAAUGCAUCAUCAAUAUCGUGGACUAGAAACUAAAGCAUUUAUUUUAUUUGAUCCUGAAACUUAUCUGUCUUAUGCUAUUCGAUUUGAAUUAUCAACAAAUACAUCGAAAACAGAAGAAACAAUACUUAUUCCAAUAGAAAAAAUACAAUAA